GGGGAUUUUCUUAUCAAGUGUUGACCACCUUAAUCACGAUAGUUGAAGUACCUUAAGAUGGUUCGUGGUUGCUGCAAUUUGUGUGGUUGAUCUAACUUCAACUGAGAAACAAAUCCUCAACAUCUUCCCAUACAAUAUGAUCUCCAUGAUCGACUUGCCUCCUAACUAAUCCACAUUUUAUACAUAUGACAAAAGUUGUGUGCAUCAUGUCUCACCCGUUACAAACUUGUCACGCCAUCAUAGACAUGCUUGGAAGAUUAUAUAUACUGCUUCUGCUUUCUCUAGGUAGAGGAAAUUACAUGCAUCUGAUAUAUAUCACUAGCAAAGAAGAAAUAUGGGAGAAGAAGGUAUUUGGAAAGAUGUUACAAAGCAUGGGAUCAACCCCGGAAAGGCUACCAUAUUAGCUCUUGGCAAGGCUUUCCCUCCUCAGCUUGUCAUGCAAGAGUUUUUAGUUGAUGGAUAUUUCAGGAGCACAAACUGUGACAAUCCUGAGCUUAAGCAGAAGCUCACUAGACUUUGCAAAACAACUACAGUGAAAACAAGGUACGUGGUUAUGUCGGAGGAAAUACUGAUGAAGUAUCCAGAACUCGUUUCUGAAGGGAUCCCUACAGUGAAGCAGCGGCUAGAGAUAUGUAACGAGGCAGUGACAGAAAUGGCCAUUGAGGCUUCACAAGCUUGCAUGAAGAACUGGGGUGGAUCAUUAUCAGACAUAACACACUUGGUUUAUGUCUCAUCAAGUGAAGCAAGACUACCUGGCGGUGACCUUUACCUGGCGAAAGGAUUAGGACUGAGCCCUGAUACUCAACGAAUCAUGCUCUAUUUCGCUGGCUGUUCAGGAGGUGUGGCUGGUCUUCGUGUUGCAAAAGACAUAGCUGAGAACAACCCUGGAAGUAGGGUGCUGCUUGCUACCUCAGAAACUACAAUUAUAGGGUUCAAGCCACCAAGUGCAGAUAGACCCUAUGAUCUUGUGGGGGUGGCACUCUUUGGGGAUGGUGCUGCUGCCAUGAUAAUUGGCUCAGACCCAAUAUUGGAGUAUGAGAAGCCUCUCUUUGAGCUUCACACUGCAGUUCAGGAGUUUUUGCCACAUACUGAGAAGAAAAUUGAUGGGAGGCUGACAGAAGAGGGGAUAAGCUUCAAGCUAGCAAGGGAACUUCCUCAGAUAAUUGAAGACUCUGUUGAAGGAUUCUGUGACAGAUUAAUGAGUGUUGUUGGGUUCCAGAAUAAGGAGUACAACAAGCUAUUCUGGGCUGUCCAUCCAGGGGGACCAGCUAUCUUAAAUCGCAUUGAGAAAAGACUUGAUUUGUUACCAGAGAAGCUAAGUGCAAGUAGAAGGGCUCUCAUGGACUAUGGCAAUGCUAGCAGUAAUACCAUUGUGUAUGUGCUGGAGUAUAUGAUAGAGGAGGGUCUCAAGACUAGAAAAGAUGGCAGAGGAGAUCAUGAAUGGGGUUUGAUUCUUGCAUUUGGACCUGGAAUUACAUUCGAGGGAAUUCUUGCCAGGAACUUGAGUGCUUUAAAUGUCACAUAAGUGCUACGUAAUGCUUACUGAUAUAAUUAUCACAGGUACUUGUGUGAGA